AAAUGGCUGAUUCAGGAGGAGAAGAAGAAGAAACUGAAACACCCAUUCAAGUUUUACUAAAAUGGCAGCGAAUCAACUACCCUCAUCGCCAUAGUCAAACACAAUACGACCUGCCAAACGGAUGGUCGUCAAUGAUGGCCAUUAGAGACUCAGCCCACACCCAUGACCAAACCUCUCUAAUCUUCCCUCCAAUUGACCACGAAAAUCUUCACAUCUCCAAACAUUCCUCUCACCCAAUACCCAAUACUAAAUCCACAUCCUCAUCAUACCCUUUUGAUCAGAAAAAUAGUUGUAAUUCAUCAUCAUAUUCAUCCUCGCCGUUCGAUCUCGAUCGAGAUGACCCGCCAUUGCUGGUGCCAAGUCCUCCGCGGAAGCGAGCCGGCGACGUUGCGAGGUGGUUGAGGUUGGGGCUCCAGCUCCUACGUUGUCAUAUUACUGACAUUACUUCCACAAUUCGAAAAUUUGUCAACACCAGAGGGGUGCGUUGGUCUUUUCUCUCCCCCGUCUUGGUGGCCGCGGCCAUGCUAUUCACGGUGUUGUACUUAAGACUCCGGCGGCGACGUCUAUUACAAGUAUCCAGAGAGAGCAUUGGUGAUUUGAUCCAUAUAAUCAAACAACAAGACGAGAAGCUAAAUCAACUAUCGCAUCAAAUUGCUCAAGCCAACGAAGUACUGCUGGCACUUCAUAGAGUUCUUGAUUCUAAAACUGGUUGA